AUGCCCCCAAAGAAACAAUCCGUCAGAACCCGAGCUCCGCCGUCCGAUGACGAGCCUGAGGACUUGCCGACAGUGGCACCGGAUCCCAAAGCAAUUGAAGUUGGUGAUAUCAACCCCAGCUUGCUCCGCGCGGAUCUGGCUCUCACAAGGAAAUAUUGUAUAACGAAGAUCCAGAAACGCCUUGAUGAACGAGUCGAGAAGAUCCGUGCCAACUACUUGACAAAAGUUGAAGGCGUCAAGAAGAGAGCCAAAGGCCGGAUCACUACACUGAGCACCAAAGUGUAUGUGACCUCAAUACCGCGACCAGGACAAAGCCCAGGAAAUCAGCUGACCGUGUUGUUUUUCUUGCCUUCAAGCAACCACACUCGAGGAAAAGACCUAAGCAAGCUAGUGGAGUUGCUGAAUCAAAGACAAACAACCCAGUCGACCAUCGCCACCAAGUUGACAGCUCUGGAGCGAGAAUUGAAUAGCCUUCGGCGUUACUUUGAAGCCGGCUAUAACGUGAUAGAGAAGAGAGCUGCAGAGUUGCCAGCCACCAGCAUCACGCACCCAGAUGCCGGUGACGAGGAGUCCAAAGGCAACAGAGGUAAUAUGGUCGAUGUGUCGUGAGCUUCGGGGCCUUCCUGCUCAAACUCUACCUCUAGUGAAGAUGUUGCAAACGACCUAGCGGAAGACCGGGAUUUGAGAGGAUGGACGAGAAACUCUGUUCUCCUAGCCGGCCUCAGAGGAGAAAUGUCGAUGAUUUUCCCUGGAUUUGGUCAGGAUGUAAAAGGUUGUUGCAGUGCAUACACGAUACGAGUGGUAUGUAUGUAAACCACAUAGCUUCGAUAACAACCCAACCGUU